AUGAGUGCCCUCAAAACAGCCGUCGUUAAUGCGCCGAAAACACAUACGGCGACUAUCGUGUUCCUUCACGGGCUCGGGGACUCAGGCCAUGGGUGGGUCCCAGUCGCAAAGAUGUUGUCGCCGAUACUGCCCCACGUGAAGUGGGUGCUGCCGCAUGCCCCAAGCCGUCCUAUCACAGUCAAUUUUGGGAUGGCCAUGCCCGGAUGGUAUGACAUCCACAAGUUGGGGCCUGGAGGGAAAGAGGAUGCAGAAGGGGUCAUGAGCUCGAUCGCACAAGUAUCGAAGAUUGUGGAUGAUGAGAUCAAAGCUGGCAUAGCCCCGGAGCGGAUUGUUGUCGGUGGUUUUUCGCAGGGUGGCGCUCUCAGCAUCGUCUACAGUUUGGCAAGUGGCAUCAAACUCGGCGGCUUCCUCUCGUUGAGUGGUUAUCUUCCAUUGACGGACGCAAAUUUGGAUAAGGUGAGUUCUCGGCGAACCAAGAUCAGAGUGAAGAAAAACACAAAUAAUGAGACACCCAUGUUGAUGUGUCAUGGAGAUCAGGACGAGACGGUUCCAUACAAAUGGGGCAAGCUCUCUUACGAGAAGAUCGUAGAGCUAGGAAAGAAGGUUGAAGCGUUCAAGACAUACAAGGGAAUGGGUCACUCCAGCUCAUCGGAAGAGGUCUCGGAUGUUGCAGAGUUUUUGACUAAAGUUUUACCGUAG